UAACCUACGAUAAAUUAAGUGUUCGGUAUAAUAUAUACAUCGCUUCCGGUGUAAUCCAAGGACGAGUGGAACGAACAUCAAAAAUGUUUCGCACAGUUAUCACCGCUUCUAAGACUGUUCAAAGAGUGGUGCCCAUAUUAUUGAAGCAAACUCCGAUUGGUUCCAUAGGAUGUAGAAAAUACAGCAUCGGUAUAUAUGAUUACCUGCAGGCAAACAAAGAUUUAAUGAAGAAGAUUGACUCCGGAAAGGCUGAUGGCUAUGAAUUACGUAAACUUCUCACAGAAAUGCAGGGAGCCGACUACAUACCAGGAUCGGAAGAAAUUGAGAACUUAAUGAACGCCUGUAGGAAAUUAAACGACUUCAGUCUAGCAGUGCGUGUUUUGGAAGCUGUCAAGUGGAAGUGUGGAACUGAUGCAGCAUUAUACAACAAGCUAAUAGCCAGUGUGAAGCCCACCCUAGAUAAACUGGGGAUCCCCACUGUGGACCAGAUUGGUUAUGAAAAGCCGGAGUACUGGUAUCCAGAUGCCGAUGAUGUGCACAACUAUGACCCAGAAACUGGAAAGGAACUGUAGAAAUAAUAGCAAACUGGGACAAACUAUUUUAUGGUAAGAAAACAAGGAGGCAAAUUCCAAUGAAUCUUCAUACCUUGACCAUGAACUUGAUGACCAUUUAAUGUUUAGGGACUAUUUAUUAAAACAGUAUAUGUGAAGAGUGAGGACAUUAUGUGUGCUUAGAACUUUGGUGGAUUAAAACAUCUCUGCAUGGUAACUUUUGCAACCAUUAAAUGUCAUUUAUGAAAAUGUUGAAUAUGUUUGAAGACUUUGAAAUAAAAUGUUGAUUGUA